ACAGACCCCGUGGCCAUGAACCAGCCUGCCCCCAGGGCACCCCCUCCGCCCCGCCGCGUGCGAUUAAAGCCCUGGCUGGUGGCCCAGGUGAACAGCUGCCAGUACCCAGGGCUGCAGUGGGUCAAUGCGGAAAGGAAAUUCUUCUGCAUCCCCUGGCGCCAUGCCACGCGGCACAGCCCCAGCCAGGAUGGAGACAAUACCAUCUUCAAGGCCUGGGCCAAGGAGACAGGAAAGUACACGGAGGGGGUGGACGAGGCGGACCCGGCUAAGUGGAAGGCCAACCUGCUGAGCCGUGACUUCCGCCUCAUCUAUGAUGGACCCCAGGACAUGCCACCUCAGCCCUACAAGAUCUACGAGGUCUGCUCUAAUGGCUCCGCUCCCGCAGACUCGCAGCCCAGUGAGGACUACACUUUUGGUGCAGGAGAGGAGGAGGAGGAGGAAGAGGAAAACGUGAGCUCAGGACCAUUCUUGGCAGCACCUGCCUGCACUGACGUACUCCAGAGGAUGUUACCUAGCCUGAGCAUCACAGAAGCAGGGCAACCUGGCCCCCCCAUGGCACCCUAUUCUCUACCCAAAGAGGAUGUCAAGUGGCCGCCCACUCUCCAGCAGCCUGUGGUGCUGGACCCUCCUGCACCAGACCCCAACCUCCUGGGCCCCGCCCCCAGCAACCCUGCUGGCUUUGGGGAGCUUCUCCUUGAGGUCCUGCCGAGCCUGCAGCCUGGGCCCCUGGCUGCCAGCCUGCCCUCUACAAGCGAACAACUCCUGCCCGACCUGCCGAUCAGCCCCCACAUGCUGCCUCUGACUGACCUGGAGAUCAAGUUCCAGUACCGGGGGCGGCCACCCCAGGCCCUCACCAUCAGCAACCCACAGGGCUGCCGGCUCUUCUACAGUCAGCUUGAGGCCGCCCAGGAGCAGGUAGAGCUCUUCGGCCCUGUGAGCCUGGAGCAAGUGCGCUUCCCCAGCCCUGAGGACAUCUCCAGCAACAAGCAGCGCUUCUACACAAACCAGCUGCUGGAUGUCCUCGACCACGGGCUCAUACUCCAGCUGCAAGGCCAAGAUCUGUAUGCCAUCCACCUGCGCCAGUGCAAGGUGUUCUGGAGCGGGCCCUGCGCCUCUGCUCGCGGCUCACACCCUGACCCCAUCCAGCGGGAGGUCAAAACCAAGCUCUUCAGCCUGGAGCAUUUUCUCAAUGAGCUCAUCCUGUUCCAGAAGGGCCAGACUAACACCCCACCGCCAUUUGAGAUCUUCUUCUGCUUUGGGGAGGAAUGGCCUGACUGCAAACCCCGAGGGAAGAAGCUCAUCACUGUACAGGUGGUGCCUAUAGCAGCUCGGCUGUUGCUGGAAAUGUUCUCAGGGGAGCUUUCUUGGUCAGCUGAUAGUAUCCGGCUACAGAUCUCAAGCCCAGACCUCAAAGACCGCAUGGUGGAGCAGUUCAAGGAGCUCCAUCACAUCUGGCAGUCCCAGCAGCGGUUGCAGCCUAUGGCCCAGGCCCCUCCUCUGGCAGGCCUCAGUGCUGGCCAGGGGGCCUGGCCCAUGCACCCGGCUGGCAUGCAACAAUGA